AUGUCAGUGAAAAGUUGGCACCUUCUUUUAUAUUGCGCGCUUGUGGCGCUACCACAAAUUCGUUGUGCAAUCUUCGCUUACGAUGUGGAUCGUAAUACGAGCACGAAUAAUUUCAAUGAAGUGAUCGAGCGUCCGACAGGUUGGCUGCAGGCGGCACAGGAUAUGAUCGCCAGUCCAGCGGGGCAUGUGGUGACGCAGGUGGCCAAGGAGCUGAUCAAUCGCUCCACAGGCAAUAGUCAAGUACUCAGCUUGAAUCUAACGAACCUACUUAUCAUAAUUCUUCUAAAAAUAUUAAUAUUUGCCGCUGGCAUGUUGGGUGCUGGCCACUGGAGUGGCUAUGGAUAUGGUUAUGGGCAUGCGCGAAGUGCAGAGGGUAAGACAAAAAUUUAA